UUUAAAUGUAUUUUGGGAUCUGAAAGAUGUAUAGUAUCGUGUUCAGUUAUUUCGAAUUUGUUCAAGUUUUAAAAAGUUCUCGUGAAUAAUGUUUGAGACUGUUAAAUUCAAUUAACUUAUUCAAAAUUUAUCUUAAACAUGGAUUUUUUUUUAAAAAAACCAAGUAAUGUUUUAAAACGUCUUGGUUCUACUAAUGUUAAAAUUGAAUCGGAAGGAAAUCAAUGUAAACCCAAAUCAUCUAUAGUAAGUUUGAUAGACAGCGAUGAAGAAAAUUUCAAAGUCAAAAAAACUAUGUACUGUGAUGAAAAAGAAAUUCCAAAAGAUGUUCAAAAGAAUAAAAUAGAUGACAACUGUUAUGUUGAUGAUGAUGAUGACGACAAAAGCAUUAUUUUUAGUCCAGAAAAAUCAGUAUCGGUAAACUCAAAUAAUACUUCUAAAGGCAGCAAUGACAUUAAUUUAGAUGUAUCCAGAAGUCCAUCAAUAUUAACAAAAACCCGAUUUUCAACUCCUCAAAAAUUAAAAAAUAACCUAUCACUUUCUACUAUUUCAACACUCAAUUUUGAAGAUGUCAGUAGUGAAAAAACACCAAAAAAUAGUGGAGAAUUUAUUGUUAAUACAGAAAAUCGAUCUUCAGAAUUGGGAAUUUGGCUUAAUGAUCUAAAUAAUAAUUCUUUAUUAUGUGAAACAAUUUCCGACAUUCCAAUCAAUAAUUUAGAAAAUCAUUUGGUGAGCUUGAAAAAUUUAGAGUUAGAUAUGUUAGAGGAGGUGUAUAAUAUAAUCUUAAACAUAUCAGAUACUAUUGUAUGUUCUAUUCCUAGUCUCAAAAGCCCUUCAGUUUUGAUUGAGCUUAAGAGAAUGCGACAAAAAAUAAAAAAUAAAAUAAAAAUUGGUAAGAUGCGUUUGACAAAUGAACCAAAAACAUCAAGUAAUAAAAAUUUGUGCAAUCCUGAAAAUAAAUCCAGAACAUCAUUCUCAAGCAGAUUUGAUACAUCAACCAAUUCUCAUCAUGAAAAACUAAUAUCCAAUUCCCCAAAAUAUGGAACAACUAAUACUAAUAAUUCCAAAUUAAAUACAUCGUAUAAUCAAACUGAUGUGGUUAAUAUUAGUAAUACUAAUAAAUGGUUUGAUGGCCAUUCAGAUUUUCAAGUUAAUACUAAUAAUGAUAUUUAUUCUCGAGAACGUCUAAGCGUGAAUGAAUUGGAAUCUAUUGUCAAUGGCAAAAAUUUUGAUGCAUAUUCUAUGUCUGAUGUUCAGAGUCAUUCAGUUUAUGACAACAAUCUAAAUAUGCAUAGCAAUUAUGAGACUAAAAAAAUGCCAUCCCUGUUUAAUUAUGAAGAAGCUAGUUCUUCUGGGAAUACUUCUCGUCAAACCCAUAACUCUAGUCUGAAUAAAACGUCAUCCUCAAACAUAUCAGUUUCUAAAGGAGAGUUCAGCAAAACAAAUUAUCCUCAUUCAAGGGAAUUAUUUACUGUAUUCAGAUCAACUUUUGGUCUCCACGAUUUUCGUCCUAAUCAAUUAGAAACUAUUAAUGCAGCAUUACUUGGCCAUGACUGUUUUGUAUUGAUGCCUACUGGUGGCGGAAAGUCAUUAUGUUAUCAAUUGCCUGCAGUAAUAUCCAAAGGAGUUACACUUGUUAUUUCACCUUUGAAAUCAUUAGUCAUUGAUCAGACGGAGAAACUGAAAUCAUUAGAUAUUCCAACUGCACAUUUGUUGGGUAAUAUGCCACAAGAAGAAGAAAACUCAAUUUUCAAAAAGUUGUGCAUGUCUGAACCAGGUUUGAAAAUGUUGUAUGUUACACCAGAAAAAAUUGCUGCUAGUAUGAAAUUAGGACAAAUUUUAAACAAUUUGCAUUGCCGUGGAAAACUAGCUCGUCUAGUUAUUGAUGAAGCUCAUUGUGUUUCUCAUUGGGGUCAUGACUUUCGACCAGAUUAUAAACGUUUGGGAGAAUUCAGGAAAAAGUAUCCAGAUGUUCCAAUUAUGGCUCUAACUGCUACUGCAACACCUCGUGUCCGUGAAGAUGUACUACACCAGUUACAGAUCAGUGGAACAAAAUUAUUUUUAUCCAGUUUUAAUAGGCCCAAUUUGCUUUACAAAGUUGUUCCUAAGAAAGGAAAAUCUGCUUUGGCGGAAAUAGCUAUUCUCAUCAAAGAUAAAUAUAAAAAUCAGUCAGGUAUAAUUUAUUGUUUGUCAAGAAAAGAAUGUGAUGAUACAGCAACUUAUAUGUGUAAUGAAGGGAUCAAAGCAAUUAGUUAUCAUGCUGGUCUAACCGAUCCUAAACGUAAUGAUGUUCAAAUGAAAUGGAUCACAAACAAAGUCAAUUUGGUUUGUGCCACUAUUGCGUUUGGUAUGGGGAUAGAUAAACCAGAUGUCCGUUAUGUUUUUCAUUAUUCUCUACCUAAGUCUAUAGAAGGUUAUUAUCAAGAAUCUGGGAGAGCUGGACGUGAUGGAAAGACCUCUCAUUGUUUUCUUUACUAUAAUUAUCAAGAUAUGCAUCGCAUUCGGAAACUUAUUGAAUUGGAUGACAGUGGGAAUCAUGAAACAAAAAAAGUACAUAUGCAAAAUUUGUUCAGGAUAGUAUCGUACUGCGAAAACAAAGCUGAUUGCAGGCGAACUUUACAACUCAACUAUUUUGGUGAAACAUUUGAUGAUAAUAAAUGUAUUUCAAACAAAGAAACAGCAUGUGAUAAUUGUCAAAAUAAGGCGGCAUUUAAAUUUAUUGAUGUAACUGAAGAUAGUAUUGAAAUAGUAAAAACAAUUAAAGAAUUAUGCGGUUCAGGCGGUGGUAGUUGGAAUAAUAAUUUUACGUUGAUUCAUAUUAUUGACAUAUUUAAAGGCAGUUCAAAUCAAAAAAUCAAAUCACACAAUCAUGAUAAAUUGAGUUUACAUGGGCGUGGAAAACAUUGGGAUAGAUUUGAUGCAGAACGUUUAAUGCAUAAAUUAGUUUUAGAAGGUUAUUUGAGAGAAGAAAUGGUUGCUUCUAAAGUAGAUAUUAUCAAUGCCUUUGUCAGAGUUGGUCCAGAAGCAGACAAACUCAUUCGAGGAUCAAUAAAAUUAAAAUUAGCAUCGGCUUCAAAGAAUAAAUUAAAUAUUGAAACUACAAGUAAAAAUUCAAACACACCAGUUAAUACCGUUCUUAAAGAAAUCCAAGAAAAGUGUUAUGAACAACUGAUGGACGUUUGCCGUGGGAUAGCUGCUUCAUUAAAUGUGAACACCAAUGCUAUUAUGACGAUCCAAGCCAUUCAAGAGAUGUCUCACUCUUUACCAGAAACUGAAGAAGAAAUGUUAAAAAUUGUAGGAGUGACUAAAGCCAAUUUCGACAAAUAUGGCAGGCAAUUGUUAGAAAUUACACAGGAAGCAGCUGCAAAUAAAUUCGUUGCUGAAUGUGAUGAAAAUGAACUAAACAAUUUUGAAGAGGAAGCAGAAGAUUGGCUCAAAACUAGUACGGAUUGUCCAUAUUUUGAUGAUAUGACUACUGGUGUAGUAAACAAUAAGAACAAAAGAAAAACAUAUCAUUCAAAUAAAGGAGGAAAUAAAAGAUUUAAAAGAGGAAAGAGUAAAAAUCCAAAGAAAAAAGGUGCAACAUCCUUCAUGGCUUCAAAACAGUCUAAAGCCCAAACAUCUACUCUAAAAUCAACUGUAAAGAUGCCACCAUCAAAUCGGCCAGGAUUCCUAUCUGCUCCUAAAGUAUCUUAUUUUUAAUAUUAAUAUUUUAAUUUUAUCUUACACGUGGCAUGACUCCUUCAUUAUAAAAUAAACAAAUUUUAAUGAUUAAUUUGAAUAAUAUUUUUAAUUAUAUAUAGCAUAUCAGGGUUGAUAUUUUCUAGGGAUAUUUUUGUUGCAUUAUAAGUAUUCUUAAGUAAUAAAUGUUACAAACAAUAGUUAUAAAUUUAAAUAGUAUUUAAUGUAAAAAAACAUAUCAAUAUUAUUAAUUAUUAUUAAUUUAAAAGUGUGGCAUGUCUUACUGUAUAUACUUCAGAAUUAUAAUAAGUUAAAUUCAAAAAUGAAUUUAUUGAUGAGAA